GAAUGAAAUUGAUAAGUUGAAGUUGGAUUUCAGAAAAAAAAAUCUCUCUCCGCCGCAAAACAUAAAGGAUUAAAAAAACUUUCAUUGCAACAUUGACGAUAGCAAGGCGAUAAAAUAGGUAACGAAAUGUCUUCGACGGUAGCUCCGGUGAUCAUUCAAGCUGCUGCCAAACAUACGGCGACUCUAAUUUUCUUCCAUGGACUCGGCGAUACCGGACAUGGAUGGGCAAGCACAAUUGCGGCAAUCCGUACACCCAACAUGAAAGUCAUUUGCCCGACAGCACAUGCAAUUCCCGUUUCGCUAAAUGCCGGUUUCCGCAUGCCAAGUUGGUUCGAUCUGAAGACUUUGGACAUUUCGGGGCCCGAAGACGAAGAUGGCAUCAAAGCAGCUGCAAAAAUGGUCCACGAAAUGAUCACGAAAGAGGUUGGCGAAGGAAUCCCGUCGAACAGAAUCAUGUUGGGCGGCUUUUCGCAGGGAGGCGCUCUCGCAUUGUACUCGGCAUUGACAUACGCUGAACCGCUUGCCGGCGUCAUGGCACUUUCAUGUUGGCUCCCGUUGUACAAAACUUUCCCACAAUCACGAAAAUGUCCUGAUACGACUCCGAUCUAUCAAAGUCACGGCGACUGCGAUCCCGUUCUACCCUACAAAUUCGGUCAAUUAUCUUCCACACUCUUGAAGUCCUUCAUGAAAAAUUCCGAAUUUGUCACGUAUCGCGGACUAAGUCACUCGAGCUCCGAAGAGGAAUUGGCUGACAUGAAGAAAUUCAUCGAGAAACACGUGCCGUUGACACAGUAAAAUUGCGUGUUUGCUUGUUUUUUUGGAUCAUAAGUGAAGAAAAGGAGCUUGACAAUUACAAAAGAUGAGGAAAGUCCGCAAAACACACAAAAAACCACACUUUUAUGUGAUAAACGUGUUAUACAUAUUUAACUCAACUAAAAAUUAAAAAAAAAUAAUAACGUACUAAAAAAAAUCAAAACUCAAGCAAAAAAAAUUAGAAAAAAAUAAUUUUUCUUCAGUUAUCGUCCACAAAAGGCAAAGCAAACGUAUUCUAUGAAGUUUUCCAUUCUAAAAAAAAAUUCUUUCAUUUUUUUGCAAUUUUUAAUAUUAAAUUGCACUUUUUGGUAUGCGGUUUUCGUGAAAAAAAAAAUAUUGGAAAAAAAUAUAUAUUUGUAGUGGUUUUAAAAAAAAUAUUAAAAAUUAUUAAUAUGAAAAAUUGUAAAAUUCAAUCAAAUUAGUGUACAGUCGAGACUGCCAAUGGCGAACUUGAUUAAAAAAAAUAAAAACGAAUAAUUUAGCACCUUAAAAUUGAUAUUUUUUAUUAAUUUUAAGCCCAAAAUUGAAAAAAUAUUCAUUUUAAA